GCAAUACGAAGUUUAUCGUUAACUGUCUCUUUAAAUCGACCGAGACGGAGGUCAGUAUUUGGCAGGAAGUUAGCUAGCAGCUAACAGGAAGCCGAAUUCUGAGGACUCAUUGAGGCGCAGGAAUUGGCAAAGAGCAACGAGUCCGGCAUUGGUCGUUACAACUCCCCCUGAAACAGCAUCAUCAUCGUCUUCAUCUUCCUCACCGCAGGAGGAACAAGCAGCCAGCCACCUGUGUUUGAAGACGGAAGCCGCUAUGUCUUCAGCGGUGGAUCUCAAGACUAAAGAGGAGAAGGAUGCCGAGUUGGACAGACGGAUCGAAGCCCUGAGGAAGAAGAAUGAAGCUCUGGUCAAGAGGUAUCAGGAAAUUGAAGAAGACAAGAAGAAAGCAGAGCAGGAGGGCAUCGCCGUGACAACCCAGCGUAAACCCCGCCCACACGAGCCGGAGGCGGACAGGAGGAAGACGGAGAAAGAGAACUUCACCGUCACAGUCGACCUCUCUGAGCAGACAGGGGACAAGAGAGUCGUAAACGAUUGGAAACCUGUAACGCCUCGAGCUCGGAUGACCUCAGAGGAGAGUGAUGCCCAGCGAUGGCCCAGUGACGCCCAGCGACGGCCCAACGAGGGCCACCGGGGGCCUAGCGAGGGCCAACGGGGGCCUAGCAAGGGCCACCGCCGUGGGCCCGAUGAGGGCCAACGAGGGCAGAGCGACGGGCACAGAGAGCCAGAUGACAGCCCCCAAGGAGGUCCCAGUGAAGGCCAGCGGCGGCCAAACAGCGAGCACAGCCCCCAGAGGAAGACGGGGUCAGGACGAAUGAGUCGGGGAGGUCAGAGAGGGGGUCGCCAGGAGAGGAGAGAAUGGGAGCCCAGAACACCAAGAGAGGGAGAACCUGGGGAGACGGGAGGACCGGGACGCAGAGGAGGGAGGAGAGGAAGAGGAGGAGAAGGAAGGGGGAGGGGGGGAGGAGAAGGAACACCAGGUGGGACACCAGGUGGGACACCAGGUGGGACACCAGGUGGGACACCAGGUGGGACACCAGGUGGCCCAGACAGGAAAUCCAAGGAGUGGGAGGAGAAGAGGAGACAGAACAUUGAGAAGAUGAACGAAGAAAUGGAGAAAAUAGCAGAAUAUGAGAGAGGACAGCAG